CAGUUGCAUGUUCUUCGCCUUGCACAGAGAUAUCGAAACUAAGACCAUUUUCUCCUCAAUUCGCCCAUCGGACCAUGAGUUUUGAGUUCAAUCACUUUCAGCUCUAUAGCGACAAGCCACAGUUGACUUGCGUUGUCGUUGAUUUCCAGGGAUCUGAUGAAGGAUCGUUAGUUUACGGUUAAGUUUUUAGCUUUGGAUUGUGUCUCUGGUGGGGCUCAGCAUUGUUUGGCUGGUCGCUUUGGUGUGUGUUCUGCGAGGUACAAGAGGACGCGGUGGAUACUGUGGGCACCUCAUCUUCUAGCUUUGAGUAUGAUUGUACUUCAGGUUGUGAAGGAUUUUGGGUAAUUUGAGCACAUAGUGAAGUGUAUUUUCUUGCUCCCGGAUACUUUAAUCUAUGCUAUUCAGUCGCAUCGUAGUAUUCGGUAUCUGUCGAACGUGACAGAUGAGCAGCAAUGGGACUGUUAACAAUGGAUAGAGUUCAUGUGCGUGAGGGAUGCAGAAAACCUUGAAUUGUAGUCUGGAGGAAAAAAACAAGGAAGACAGGAGGCGGACAAUUGGUUUGUCAAGAUGGCAGGGUUAGGGAUGUGGGAGUUAGGUUUAACAGGCUUGAAGGUCACAUCUAUCGGCUAUGGUAGCUCACCUCUGGGUAAUGCCUAUGGAUAUGUAGCUGAAGAGGAUGCCAUCGCCUCUGUACACGAAGCUGCACGCUUGGGCAUCAAAUACUUCGACGUCGCUCCGUCUUAUGGCGACACACUGGCAGAGACGGUGCUCGGAAAAGCUCUCAAGACGAUGCCUAUACCUCGUGAAAGCUACGUUGUCUCAACAAAGUGCGGCAGAUAUGGUGGUGGUGCUACGACCGAAAUCAGUUUCGAUUUCAGUGCAGAGCGGGUGACGCGUAGCGUGGAUGAGAGCUUGGCACGCCUCAAACUUGACUACUUGGAUAUCAUCUUUUGCCAUGACAUCGAAUUCGCUUCCCUUGAUCAGAUUCUGAACGAGACCAUUCCUGCUCUGCAAGCUGUCAAGGAGUCCGGGAAAGUUCGUCAUAUUGGGAUCAGUGGGCUACCUUUAAAGAUUUUCAGAUAUGUUUUAGAUCGAGCUCCUGAAGGAGCUGUGGAAGUAGUCCUGUCCUACGCCCAUCACAGCCUCAACGACACAUCUCUGCUUGAGCUUUUACCAUACUUGAAAUCCAAGGGCGUGGGAUUGAUCAACGCCUCUCCAUUGUCUCUCGGCCUUCUCACCGAAAAAGGAACCCCACAUUGGCAUCCUGCUCCUCUAGAGAUCAAGACUAUCUGCGCACAGGCAGCGAAGGCAUGUAAGGAACAGGGCAAGAGCAUCGCAAAACUAGCAGUGCAGUACGCAUUAAGGAACCGUAACCUCAUCACCACUCUGAUCGGCAUGCCUUCGGUAGCUGAGGUGCGAGAGAAUGUGAGGAUAGCCAUUGAGGCGGAGCAUGGAACGUUAGACAUCGACGAAGAGCUGCUGCAGCAAGUGGAGCAGAUACUUCAGCCAGUGAAGAACAAGACUUGGCCCAGUGGCUUACUAGAAAACAAUUAGGCAUAAGACGCAAUGCUGUGGCAGCACAAUGGCCUUAAGGUCAAGGUCAUUGUCCAGUCAUGCUAGGAAUGGUUAACAUUGAAUUGCCAGGGAGGUUAAAGUAUUUUCAGUUAUUUUGUUGAGGUUAAGUUUUGCUUCAAAUUUUUAGUUCUUUUCAAAAUUUGUAGCAUUAGAAAAACUUGGUUUUUUGAUAAAGUUUUAUAUGAAUUUUAUCAAUAAUGAGCUUACGUGGUAAGAUCUCACAUAAGAGUGUGAAUAAACCUAAGAUUAUAGUUUGUUUCA